AUGAAUUACAGACUCCUAAAGACUGAGGUACACAAGCUACAGGAUGGAUCCCCCGGCAACGACACCGAAUCCAUCCUUGAGAAGCUCCUUUCACUCGAGGUCGCCGAUGUCCAACCUCUCUCCAAAAUGCCCUACUGCAGAAGUCUCUGUCAGGUCCGAAUCAAAAAUAUACAACCUUACCUCGAACCAGAUUUUUUAAUUCUGUGUCACCUCGAGAUGAUCCUCUGCGCGCAAUUUGAGGAUCCGUCUCAGGCUGUCUACAGUCCAGCCUUCCGCUGCAACUCGACCAAGUGUCUUGGUGUGACCUUCAAAGUCUAUGACAAAGACAAGCUUCCCCGUGAGCCUGGCUUUUGGCUCAAUGAUAUCAACAACGCCGCGAGGGAUGACGCCAAGUCUGAUAUCGAAGGUAGCGAGACAAGCGAGAUCAGCGAAACCGAGUUUCUCCAGCAAAACGACGGAGACAGUGAUAGUGACAGUGUUGGCGAGGAUUAUGAUGACGAUUAUCUAGACCUUCGUCACCCUGUUGAAGGAUUCGAAGAGCUUGAACACCGCUGGAAGUUGUUCUCGUCGACUGCUCUUCGCUAUGCUGUGCUCUGGGGCGACUACAUCCGGCAGCCAUAUCUUGAAAUCAUGAACGCUCAGGCCGAGGCUUAUUUCCCUGAAGCCCUCUACCUAUUACAGCCACUUGGUUCCACAACUCCCCAUCGACGACAACCAAGACUUAAAUGCUAG